CAAGGGUGGACCGGGCGGCGCAUUAACGGCUCGACGCGUCUCCAUCAAUCUAGACGCGUCCAGAGCACCUGCCACUAAUAGUUCUCACCCGUCUAAUCCAAGGACACAGAUACUCUUCGAACAAUUCAUUCCACGACUUGGUUUCUCGCUUGUAUUCAUUUCCUUUCACGAUUUCCGGUGUACUGGGCCGUUGAGUACUGGGAUAGCCGCAGUGCAAUCACUUACCCCUUGACGACCUGAGACCUACAGCUCCAGACGCAUCGAGGUCCUUCAGGGCGACUUCGGCUCACAAUGGAAGACUCUCAAACGGCCGAGGACAUCGCCCUUGAGACCCCAGUCGCGGAUGUCUUUAUUCCCCCGUCCAUCAACGAUAAGGCGAUUCUCUCGGGUGACUCGUACACAUACUUCUCUCCGGUUCCUUCAACACUUCUCCCGCCAUCUUCAUCACCAACUAAGACUACCGCGGAAUCACCAGCAUCGGGGACACCGGUCUGCCUCGGCGUCGAUGAAGCCGGCCGCGGUCCCGUCCUUGGACCCAUGGUUUACGGCGUCUUCUACCUCCCUAUUCCCCUCUCUGACCCAUUGCUCCGCGAGACCCACCACUUUGAUGACUCAAAGGUGCUUACACCGGCCGUUCGGUCUCAACUGAUGGCGGCCCUCUGCACUGCCGGCUCAGAUUUGGCCGAGUCCUGCGGUUUCGCCAUCUCGGCCCUUAGCGCCCGCGACAUCUCAUCGGGCAUGAUGCGCCCCGGCGCCAACUACAACCUCAACGCCCAGGCCAUGGACGCCACCGUCGAGCUGAUCAAGGGCGUCUUCGCCCAGGGCGUCAACAUCCAGGAGAUCUACGUCGAUACUGUUGGUCAGCCGGCCGCCUACCAGGCCAAGCUCCAGCGCUUCUUCCCCGCCACCAAGAUCACGGUUGCGAAAAAGGCAGAUAGCCUGUACCCUUGUGUGUCGGCUGCCUCCGUCUGUGCUAAAGUUACUCGCGAUGCCGCGCUGGAGGUCCUCUACAAAGCACGAGCCUCUGAUUCGGCGGAGGAGGGCAUGGCUUGGGGUUCGGGGUAUCCGUCAGACGGAAGGUGCGUGUCGUGGAUGAAGUCCAAUAUGCAUCCCGUCUUUGGAUGGGGCCCCGAGUGUCGGUUCAGUUGGGGCACGGCUAAGGACAUGCUUGAGGGCAAGGGGGGUCUCAAGGUAGACUGGCCAGUCGAGGACGACGAUGAUACGGCACGGAUGACAGACUUCUUCGUUUCAGGGGAUAGGGAGCAGGAAGGCGAUGAGCUGGGAACAUGGUUCGGAAGGCCGGCUGGCCUGGAGGCGUUCUAGAGGUGAGACAUAAUGAAUACAGUAUAAGAACCAUCUUCACCUGUCCUGCUUUACAUUCUCUCUGACGGCUUCUGCGGCCUGUGUACGAAGAUAUAGAGUGUGUAUGAGUGGGUGAGAAUGACUUUAUACUAUUGAUCUCCUCCACCCCCUUGAGAGCAUAGUUCAUCACGCGCGCCUGAAACAACUGUUGUGGGAAUUAUUUCUGAAUCGAGACUGUUUCCAUAGCUUUAUUGGAUAUACUCAAUGCCUUUAC